GAAACUGAGGACAGUUUUGACCGCACGAAUUCUGAAAUAUCUCAAUGAGAGAUCGACAAAACAACUUGAGGAAUACAACGAAUUUUACAAGGAUUAUGGAUUAUUUCUGAAAGAGGGGAUUGUGACAAGUCACGAUCACAACGAGAAGGAAGCCACUGGGAAACUCUUGCGAAUCGAGUCAUCGUCGAAGCCAGCUGGAGAGCUUAUUAGCCUUCCUAAACACUGCGAGGGUCUCUUCCAAGAACAAAAGCACAUAUAUUACCUAUCCGCACCGAGUAGAGCCAUCGUAGCAGAGCAAUCCCCCUAUUACGAAUCUUUCAAAAAACGAAACUACGAAGUCCUUUUCUGCUACGAGCCUUACGACGAGUUAGUUCUGAUGCAGUUGGGUCGUUUCGGUCCUCGUUCCCUCACAUCUGUAGAAAAAGAAAUGCGAGACGAUGUGGAGUCCACGAAGGAGAGCACAAUCGAUGGGAUAAACAAGCAGGAGGUCGACAAAGUUCUUGGAUAUAUGAAGAGUGUGCUAUCGAAAAAAGCGUCUGAAGUGAGGACAACGAAUCGUUUGGAAUCUCAUCCCUGUGUUAUCACGGUCCAGGACAGGGCCAGUGCGAGGCACUUUAUCAGGACUCAGAGCCUGAUGGCU